CAGUUACUUUUGGAACUAAUAACAACACAGACCACAAUGUUCAAGCUGGUGGUGUUGUCCGUUGCGCUCGCUGUGGCUUCAGCUAAUCCUAGUGGCAUUUGGGGUGGACUAGCUACGCCAUGGAACGCCAUCGCGACACCUUUAGGAGUUCCUCUGGCUGGCCCGAUCCUCGGUGGUUCUCUGGCACCUAUUGCUCCCAUUGGCGCUUACAACUACAGAGGCCCGCUAUCUCUGGCUCCAGGUCAACCCGCUAACAUCUUGGCUGCUGAUGGCAGGCCCCUGGACACCCUGAGCGUAAACCUAGACCGUGCAGCUCACCUCACCGCGAAGGCUAUUGAGGGAAGCGGUCACUUGCUGAAGAAAAGGUCGAUUGUAGGUGCUCCUCUUGUCGCCUCACCUCUGGCCGCUACUCCCGCAGCCCAGUUGGCUGGUACGGCGCAACCUGGAUCUCUCGCUAUCGCGUCACCUAUAGCACCUUUGGGACUAGGAUACGGCGCCGGUUUGGGACAACUGUGGUGA